CUUAUCUUAUCACGUUAAUUUUUAAUAGAUAAACAAACGAAAACUUUAUUACCAAAAACUCAAACCAAACCAAGCAAAGUGCAAUGAAGCCAAAAAUCCUAAUCCUAAUUCUGACCAGUGCCCUAAUUGCCAAAUCCGAAAAGUACUUCAACGAAAAUGACAUUCCAGAGCUGACCUACUUGGACCCAUCAACUAACCCAUGCGACAACUUCUACCAGUUCACUUGCGGAAACUUCGCCAAAAUCCACCCAAGACCAUCAACCCUCAACGUCCUUGACCACUUCACUCUCCUCGAAAACGAGCUGAUUCAAGUUGGGCAAGAAAUUUUAUCGAGUCCUGUCAAAGAAAACGACCCAAAAGCGGUAAAAAAAGCCAAAACGGCUUACAAAAGCUGCGUCCAGUCGCAAGUUUUAAAUAAUGUAGUACCAGAACUACGUACUGUUAAAGAAUUUGGUGGAAUGCCACUCCUCUCCUCUUCUAAUAAUCAAACUAUAAGUUUUUCCUGGAACGAAGUCGGAAAGUUGGUUAGUGAGUACGGGGUUCCCCUAAUUUUUGUUUACAGCGUGGCGCAGAAAAGCCAAAAUGAGAGCAUGAUAGUACUAAGUUGGGACACUCUAAACAACCCGACUUUGUUCCGACAAGUUUUGCAAAAAACCUACGAUCAUGUCUUGGAAGAAGAUUUCGCAAAAUUUGGAACCAGUCGAGUCACUCGAUCGACUAGUCCUCAACCGUUUGAUAUUUUUCUCGAAACUGUGGCCAAAAAUUUGCUAAAAUACACCAAUCCGGAGAAGCCUGAAGGGGAAGUACUGGACGAACUUGACGAAAUGGCAACUUUUAUGAGAACACUUUACAAAGGAGGAAUAAAAGGUAGUACCAUUUUGCCACUUCCUUCAGAAGUGACUUUGGGGCAACUCCAAGAGUGGACGUACCAACAAUUUGGGGAAGCAGUUAUAGACUGGGUGCAGUACCUUGGCCUAGUGUUCCAAAAAUCGGGCGUCAAAAUCACCCCAAUGACAAAACUGUACCACCAGGACAUUGAACGCAUUUACGGCAUUUUGAACUUGGUCAAAAAAACCGACCCCAAAGUACUCAAAAACUUUGCCUUGUUACGUGUUUUCCUCUUCCAAGCGCCUGACAGUGGCUCCGCCACACGUCAAGCCUUUGAAAAGUACUACCAAGCGAAAAACAACCAACUGUACCCCAGAUGGGAGUACUGUACACGAAAAAUCCUCGAUGUUGUUGAUACAGCCAGUCUGAGUUAUGCUGUGACUUAUAACUACCUCCAGUACCACUUUAGUACCGAAAAAUUGGCCCAGGUUACACAAAUGAUCGAAAAUAUACGAGAAGUUUUCAGCGAAACGUUGAAUGCGUCUGAUUGGAUGGACGAAGAGUCACGUGAGCAAGCUUUGAAAAAAGCCACCAACAUGUUGGUACUACUUGGCUACCCUGAUUUUGUCCAAGACCAAGACACACUUGAUCAGUUUUACGCAAAGUUUCGGGUUUGUGAACGAGAUAAUUACGGAAACGCUCGAACGAUUCGUGCGUUUAAGCAGGCGUACCAAUUCACACAGUUGGGGAAACUUGACCGUUUAUUUUGGGGGAAAUCAGCCUUCGAUGCUAAUGCUUACUACAACCGUCCGAACAACAAAAUUGUGGUACCACUUUCAAUGCUCAACCCGGUGUUUUUCCAUGGUGGUAACCCAGUUGUGGACUACAGCCGUCUUGGUAGUAUAAUCGGGCACGAAAUGACCCAUGGUUUCGAUGUCAAUGGUAAAAACUACGACCAAGAUGGUACUUUAUCGACAUGGUGGUCCCAAAAAACCACGGAUGCGUUUAAUGAACGAUCCGAAUGUUUCAAAAAACAGUACAGCCAAUAUUACGUCCCGGAAAUUGGUCUUUACGUGAAUGGUUCCUACUGUAUUAAUGAAAAUUUGGCAGACAAUGGUGGCAUUAGACAAAGUUACAAAGCGUUUGAGUCGUUGGCAAAAGCCCAAAAAAUCAAAUCUAACGGUAACUACACCCUGGAACAACUCUUCUUCAUUGGUUAUGGAACUAUGUGGUGCAGUGACGAAUCAAAUUACGCCUUAUCAGUGAUUGUUAAUACAGUUAAUGGGUAUCCACCGAAGAGGUAUCGCGUUAUUGGUAGUUUAGCAAAUAUGGUGGAAUUUGCGGAAGCUUUUAACUGUCCGGUUGGUAGUACCAUGAACCCGGAAGAGAAGUGCCAGUUGUGGUGAAUAAUAAAAUGUUUGCUUUGA